CUACAUCACCCAGCAUGCUUUGCGACGCGUAAUGCGUCGCAAGGUUCGUAAUGGGCAUUGGUCGAAGAGGCACUGCGCUGCUGGUAGUGCCGAGCUUUGCAAGAUAGCUUCUGGCUUGUGUUUACUUCUGCACUUCACAGACUACAAGAUAGACGACAGGUUUUGGUUUUUAUUAUAGAGGCCAGUUUACAUAUACAAAGGGAAUUUUAUUAAACUGAACACGGAGACUCACCACAAGACUAGCCAGCGGUGCAGCCGGAGGAAUUUCUGUAACUGCAGUGCUCGACUCUGUGAACAAAAGCAGGAAGAGCUGAAGGAGUUAACACUCCACUGUUGCCAUGCCGACCGCCCCUGCUAUAAAACUGCGAGUGUUCUCUCUCAACUGCUGGGGGAUUCACUACUUAAGCCAGCACUGCUCCGAGCGCUAUGAGAUGAUUGGUCAGUUAUUGAAGGAGGAGGAGCAUGACCUUGUGCUUCUGCAGGAGGUGUGGAGUGAAAGCGAUUAUUUGUUCCUGAAGAAGACACUCGCACACAGCCACCCUUACACUCACUACUUCAAAAGUGGGGUGAUAGGAAGUGGCUUGGCUGUGUUUUCCAAACAUAAAAUCCUGGACACAUUCCUGUACCGCUACUCUAUCAAUGGGUACCCGUACAUGGCUCACCAUGGUGACUGGUUUGGUGGAAAGGCUGUGGGAAUGGUCAUCCUAGAUAUCUGUGACCUGACAGUCCAUGCGUACGUCACCCAUCUGCAUGCCGAGUACUGCAGAGAGAAGGAUGCCUAUCUCCCACACAGAGUGGUGCAGGCCUGGGAGCUGCUGCACUUCAUUCGGCACACCUCCGGCGGAGCGGACCUGGUGAUCCUGGGAGGAGAUCUGAACAUGCAUCCUCGAGAUCUCGGGACCCGGCUGCUGCUCGCAUACACAGGACUCCGGGAUUCCUACACUGAGGCGGAGAGGUUUGAGGGUUGUGAGGAGGGCAUCACUCUCAUCGCAGAGAACCCUUUCAUCAAUAAGAAAGAGCUGGAGCCCUUUGAGAAUGGAAUACGAAUCGACUACAUUCUCUUCAAGGGCUUGUCGAGAGUCUCUGUGAAGUGCGAGUCUCUCUCCACCACCACGGGCUCCGUGCCGGGGAAACCCUUCCCAUACUCCGACCACGAGGCCCUGAGCGGCGUGCUGCUGCUGCGGAGCGAGGAGGGGGGCGGGGACCGGCCCCAGCGCUGCUCAGCAGAGCCGGAUCCUGGGCUGGUGGACAUGGUGAACGAGGCUCGCACGGAGGUGAAGGUGGGUCUGCACAGCGCUGAGAGGAUGCGUGGCACCGUGGCCCGCAUGGGGAUGAUGGGGCUGGCGUUGCUGCUGGUGGAGCUGGUCAUCGCGCUGGUGCCCUGGCUGGCACACAGCACGGAGCACGCCUUCCCCCGCGCCUCCUUCUACCUGCUGGGGGCGCUGUCCUUCGCCACCCUGCUGCUCACAGCCCUGCUGUACAUCUUGUACUCCACGCAGGUGAAGACGCUGCAGGGAGCGGAGGACCAGAUGAGGCUGGCUGUCACAGGGCUGCAGGAGAGGCUGCAGAAACACUCGCAGACACAGCCAGUGGAGCAGGGCAGAGUGCAGGGAGAACCAACAAGCACCCCAGCAAACUCUCCUUGACUUCAGCAUUGGAAAGAUGAAACUUCAAGGUUUAGUGACCCCCCCCCCCAAAAUUUUUUCUUUUGUAAGUAAUUCUGCUUAUGAGUUCUGGAAGAAGGCAGUAAAGAAUCCUAGUAUAAUAUUGAACCUGAUUAUGGGACACUGCAGCUUUAAGAUCCUGUUGUUUUUUGUGAUUCCCGUCCCGGGAUUGGGAUUGGGUUUGGGAGUUGGGAGUUCACCGGCAUGUCGACUCGACAGUGGCCAGUCGUUUUGUUCCUAACCCUGCUCCAUGGGGUUUCCUGUGGUGUGCUAAGGUGCAUUUUAGGCAAUGGAUUAUAAUUGACCUAUGAUUGGAUUAGGAAUCCACUUACCUUGACUUGACAAAAUGUUACAAAAGAAAGUUUUGCCCACGUCCUGUGAAUGCAGGUCGUGGUGAUCUUUGUUUUCAUUCCCUUUAGAACGAAAAGCAACUGAACGCACUCCAUUUUAUUGAAGUCUUUUUAGUCACUUCUUAGUUUAAAUUCUAUUCUCAGGGACCAUUUUAAAUUCCACUACGUUGUACUGUGUUCGAGUCUUCAUUGGAAAAGGACACGUGUCACAUAUUUGCAGCUGCUGUCUCGUGUUUUUAUCUACAUGUGAAGUGUAGUCCACGUUCCUUGAAUAGCUAAUGCAGGCAAACGAUCCUGUUUAUAUAAUGACUUCUGAAAUGAAGAACCUGACUUACACAGAAAACACAACCACUGCAUACUCUACACAGGAGUGUGUAACCUGACUUGCACAGAAAACACAACCUCUGCAUACUCUACACAGGAGUGUGUAACCUGACUUACACAGAAAACACAACCACUGCAUACUCUACACAGGAGUGUGUAACCUGACUUACACAGAAAACACAACCACUGCAUACUCUACACAGGAGUGUAACCUGACUUGCACAGAAAACACAACCACUGCAUACUCUACACAGGAGUGUGUAACCUGACUUACACAGAAAACACAACCACUGCAUACUCUACACAGGAGUGUGUAACCUGACUUACACAGAAAACACAACCACUGCAUACUCUACACAGGAGUGUGUGACCUGACUUACACAGCACACUCCAGUCCCUUCAUUUCAAAGCUUUUCAAAGCAUGUGUCUGCAUGCAUUACAAAUGCAAAUGACCGUUCGGAGCCGCGUGAAGUUCAGGUUUUGAACGUCAGUGUGUGGAGCCGCACUUGAGUAAAGAGACGCGAUGUUCAGCUUGCAAGACUGCGCGUUCCUGAGUGGGAACUGAAAUCCAGUUUAGAUGGGGAGGCCCCUUCUUGGUUUUGGAAACAUAAGCUGAGUUCAUACAGCAGGCUGUACAUUGCAGCUCUUGUAAACAGCCUUCUGAGUGACCGGUUUCUAUCUCUGAGCAGCAGGUGAUUGUGAAUGAAAUGGAUUGGACUGCAUUGGUUGGCAGUUUGCUAUAAAUCUUAUCCAGGUUACCAUGAGGUUUUCUUGUGCUUUUUACAAAACUCUGAUUUUAAAACAUUAAAAGUUCACCCUCCUGUUUUAUCAUCCGUCACUUUUUACAUAUUUAAAUGUAAAACACCGACUAGAUUGUGUUUUUUUUGCCUUUCGUUUGAAUGCUUGUGACUGAUUUCACAACUAAAUGAAUAGUAAUAAAGCACAUAAUCAGGGUUUUAAAAUGAACACACAGUCAUUUUAUUAAAAUCCGGAUCCAAGUGCCCGAUGCUGGCAGCUCUUUCUCAUAAGCCCUUUGCGAGUCCCUGCUGUGCGUUGGUGAUAACCGCAGUGCAAUUCAAUCACUGGCUUGGGAUGAUCGCUCUCCCCAGACGCGCGGCACGCUUCAAAUACUUGGCUCUAAAUGUUAUGCUUGCUUAGCGCUGGUGACGAUCCAUUUAGUUUUACCAGUUAUGCAGUCCACUGGCCCUUGCAUUAGUGUUCAUUAAACCUGCGCUUUAUGAUCUUCCCCUGACCCCAGUGCUUCAGGGUCGGUCGAAACAGACCCUCAAACCAGAUUCCUGUGCAGCCCUGUGGCUUCAUUACAUUGCAGGAGCAGAUGUCUCCCACACACACACCUGCCCCUCUAGAAUAAAUAUAGACCAGCACGAGGAGGGGAAAGGGAGCCUGCCGUGUAGAACAAAUACAGGAGAUUAUCAAGAGCCUGCAGGUUCCUUUAUAGAAACAGCCCACAGCACAGGGCUCUGGAAAGGGUGGGCAGUGGAAGUUGUUUUGCCUUGACUCUAACUGCCAGGUUGUUUGCUCGUUCUUGUUUUUUCUAUGUGAAUCAGAUCCCAGGCAGGCCAGCGUGUGCUCAGUUUAAUGUCAUUGCUCCUCCUUUGCACCGUUUUUUAAAAGUCUUUGUGUAAAGUCUUACUUCAAACAGACUCUAGUCGUGUAGAUUCCAUUGCUGGGUUUGAGUUUUUCCCUGGGAUUGAUUUUUCAGUAGCUGUCGUUUUUGUCAUUUUUUAAGUACUGUAUACUUGUGACGUCUCGGCUAAAAAAUAUUUUUGAAAUGGUUUCUGAUAACUGAGUUGAAGGUUUUUGACAUCAGGUCAGAAAGUGAGAUGCAGCUGAAUGGACCUGUGUAAACUCGUUUGAACACAGAGAGACGUCGCUUUUUAGUUUCAGUUUUCCCUGCUCGUGGAGGAUUAGUGUCAGUACUUUUGAAGUCUUUUAGUUCCUGAAUUGAGAUCUUUAUAAAAAUUAUUAUGGGACGGUUUUAAAUGAUGGAUGAUCUAUUUGAACCAAGUACAGUAUUUUGGUGAUUUUCUUUUUAAUUGAAUUUUAUUUGAUCUGUUUUUUUCUUACAUGACUGCUAGCAGACUACAGGGCCAGUAUCCUGGGGUUUGUUUAGAUAGAUGAGAGGGACAUUUUGUCAAAUUGCACCCGGGUUCACUGUGGGGACACAGAGGUGGUGGAAAGGUCUUGCACCAUGUGUCUCCUUCCAUCGUAGAGCACAGUUAGAAACAGCUGGCCAAACGUUUAAAAAAAAAAAAUAUAUAUAUAUAGAUGGAUAGUUUUUCUUUUUAUCCUAGAAACAAUUUCGAUACGUCACGUGGCGAUGUGGCAAACCGCCACGAUUUAAAAAAAUGAGGAAUAAAAAAAGACUUUGAAAACAUACUUCAGCAGCCACCACAGUACAGUAUUGUAAUUCAUCCAUCCGGCCGUGUUCUUCAGGGUCUGGUCAGCAGAGCUUCUGAAUCCAUUCCAAUGGGCAGUGGAACAUCACUCGCUGACCAUUCCACACGCGGAUACAUUAUCCCAUACGUUCCGUACGCUACCUUUGUGUUCCAAUGACAUUCUAGAAUGGAUGAGUGGUAAUCUGGUAUUCCGAUCCAGAAAGGACCGUGUAUUCCGAGGACAGGUUAACUGUUCUUGUUAUUAAUAGACAGUCUUGUAUUCUUAACCUUGUGUACAUACACUAACCUUAUACAGCAGCACAGUUGCACACGCUUUAUCUUAACCAGUGCUAACAAAAGUAGAGGUCAUGCCAUGAUCGUGGAUUCAUUACAGUAACCCUAACCUACCUCGUGGAAGUUGCAGAAACAGUUUCCAGGGCAGAUUUGCAUGAAGGAGGGAAGCCUAGGUAAACACUUACACUAUAACCGCACUGUAUAACACAUUUAUAAUGCCAUGUCUGGCAACAUUAUUAUUUAACCUGGUCGUAGUGGCUUUCAGUCAUUAGUACAGGAUGUUGAAUUGCUGACUGUCUUGUCUUGUUAUAUUUUAAACACAAGUGGUAGAUUCCGUGAUGAAAGGGAGUCUUUUCCCCAUUCCCAAUACUUCAUCGUUCAUUUAUUUUAAAAGCGAGACGUUUCUGUGUUGAUUUGCAGCAGUGAUGCUGGUUCUGUGUGCUGUCAAUCAUGCAGAGUUAUUGAAGAGCUAAUUUUAAUAAAGACUGUAUUAAUCCA